AUGGCGAGAAGACCGGAUGAAGAAUACGAUUACUUGUUCAAAGUGGUUUUGAUCGGAGACUCUGGUGUCGGCAAGUCAAAUCUACUCUCUAGAUUCACUCGCAAUGAGUUCUGCUUGGAAUCCAAAUCCACCAUCGGCGUCGAAUUCGCUACUCGUACUCUCCAAGUGGAAGGAAGGACUGUGAAAGCACAGAUAUGGGACACGGCAGGGCAAGAAAGAUACAGAGCCAUAACCAGCGCCUACUACAGAGGUGCACUUGGAGCUCUCUUGGUCUACGACGUCACUAAACCAACAACCUUUGAGAACGUAAGCCGGUGGUUAAAAGAGCUCAGAGACCAUGCUGAUUCCAACAUAGUGAUCAUGUUGAUCGGAAACAAGACGGAUCUGAAGCAUCUCAGAGCAGUUGCCACAGAGGAUGCUCAGAGCUAUGCGGAGAAAGAAGGCUUGUCUUUCAUCGAGACAUCUGCGCUCGAGGCACUAAACGUGGAGAAGGCUUUUCAGACGAUUCUCUCAGAGGUCUACAGGAUCAUCAGCAAGAAAUCGAUAUCUUCAGACCAGACAACCGCGAAUGCCAACAUCAAGGAAGGCCAAACCAUUGAUGUUGCUGCUUCUUCCGAGUCAAACACUAAGAAGCCUUGUUGCUCCUCGUCCUGA